UCCUCUGCUCUGCUGCGCCGCAGUUUGAAGUUUGAAGCUGAAGAAUCGCAGCAGCGGCAGCAGCGACUUCAGCCACGAGACUUUGAUGAACAGGAGGCUGGCGCUGGUGCAGGUUCAGGUUCUGGUUCUGGUGCGGGUUUUAUUUGGAGCAGUAGAUGAGCGCGCGUGAGCCUCAGUGAUCUGAAGACAGAAGAACGAGCUUCUUCUUCUUCUUCUUAAUCUUCAUCUUCUUCUUCCUCUUUGACAACAACAUGAAGCUCAGGUUGUGUGUGUUCGCAGUCGCAGUGUUGCUGCUCAGAUCUGCGCACGCAGAAACCGACUUUAAUGAGCCGUGUGCAGGUGAGGACUGCAGCAGAGGAUGCAAGUGCAACCCAGAGAAAGGCAGCAGGGGUCGACCGGGGCCUCUUGGUGAUGUUGGAUCCAGUGGAGCUGAGGGCUCACGCGGGGGCCUUGGGCCUCAAGGGCCCAAAGGAGAGAAGGGCCAUAUUGGACUGAAGGGGCCGUCCGGUGUUAAAGGCGACAAAGGACCAAUGGGUGUUCCUGGAUUCCAAGGAACUGACGGCGUACCAGGUCACCCGGGUCUGCCUGGUGGCCGAGGGCCAUCUGGACUCGACGGUUGUAACGGGACCAGGGGAGAAGCCGGAGAUCCUGGUUACGGCAUUGGACCACCUGGAUUCCCUGGAAAUGCUGGGCCAAUUGGGCCAAAGGGCCAGAAAGGAGAACCCCGAUACAUUUCAGACGAUGGAACCACAGGUUAUCCAGGUGUGCCAGGACCUGACGGUCGACCUGGUAACAGAGGUCCUGAUGGUCCAACAGGUUUCCCUGGUCCAAGAGGACCUGAUGGUUACAGCGGCCCACCUGGUCUUCCUGGUUCCCCAGGGCCUAUGGGGAGCAGUGGUGAAGGAUAUCGCGGAGAAAGAGGAGACAAGGGCGACGUGGGUCUUCCUGGUCCAAGUGGAACCCCCGGUGACGGAUCGCUGAGAAGUGAACAAACGCUCACUAUCUACAAAGGAGAUAGGGGAGAACCUGGUCCGAAGGGGGUCAGAGGAUUCGACGGAACCCCCGGAGCACCUGGACCUUUUGGUUACAGUGGUGAAUAUGGAGAAAAGGGCCUUCCUGGAUACCCCGGUGCAAGAGGUCUUCCAGGUUUUAACGGUCCACCUGGCGCCCAAGGAAGCAGGGGAUUCAGAGGGGAUCCGGGUUUCUCUGGUCAACCAGGAUACAUCGGACCCAAGGGCGACCAAGGAGACCCCGGACAACCUGGACCUCCAACCUACAUUAGUGAGCAGGGCACAUCUGUUCAAGGGCAACGUGGUGACCCGGGUUAUAAUGGUCUGCCCGGUGCCCGAGGUGAUCAGGGACCUCCAGGGUUGCCAGGACAGCCAGGUCGACCAGGAGAAGUGCUGGAUUCCACAGGUCGUGGUGGCUCUCGAGGUUUCCCCGGGACCCCCGGCCCAAAGGGAGAGAAAGGCAACCGGGGCGCAACACCGUACGGAUCUGAAGGACUCCCAGGCUUUCCAGGACUCCCUGGAGCCAUCGGGCCUCCUGGACCUCCAGGCCCCACCAGCUUGACUGGUGAUCCCUGCGUCAUCUAUCCUGUCUUGCCCAAAGGUUAUCCCCAAGGUGGCAUCAAUAAUUACCCGGGACAGCCUGGGUUGCCAGGUGCCAGAGGACCACCAGGAGACACUGGAUUCCAAGGCCUCACAGGUGACCCUGGUGACUGUGCAUGUCUUGGGGGCGGGACCUCGGGGCAGACGGGGGUGCGCGGACCCCCCGGACCUGACGGCAGACCUGGAUACCCGGGACCAAAGGGAGAGGGUGGUGACCCUGGUACUCCUGGAUACGGCGGCGGUCAGGGAUCUCCUGGUCGGCGCGGUGAUCCGGGCGUGUUUGGUCGUAAAGGAGAGAAGGGGACGUCGUACUAUCCUAACCUGGGUUUGGGUGUGAAAGGAGAGCGUGGGAAUCCUGGACUGAGAGGACCAAACGGAGAAACAGGAAAACCCGGCAGAGACGGACUGCCCGGAUUCCCCGGAUCCCCCGGACCCCCGGGUGACGGUGGUUACGGCACAGUGGGAGAGAAAGGUUUCCCAGGAUUCCCGGGGUCUAAAGGUCGCUCCGGUGGGCCCGGCGAGCCUGGACCUGGUUACGCCGGAACCCCCGGCUUUCGCGGUGAACCUGGAGAGCCUGGGAUACCUGGGUUACCGGGGCAACCGGGCUUACCUGGACCCAGAGGUGAAAACAGCUGUGAAGGGGUUAUUGACGUCGAAGAGGGAACGGGCCAAGUGCUACCUUGCACCAUACCUGGUGAGAUCGGAGACCCCGGAUACCCCGGCAUACCUGGACGACCAGGCCCUAAAGGUCAACCAGGCCUCCCAGGAGGAUCGGGACGUCCAGGGUUUGACGGAGCCAAAGGAGAGAGAGGAGAUCCUGGCUUUGGAGGCCAACCUGGACCUCAAGGUUUUCCUGGACCCAGAGGAGAUCCUGGAGUUCCGGGUAUCCCAGGACAGGGCUUUGAUGGAGGCAGGGGGAAGGAUGGUAUCCCCGGGCGUCCUGGGGCCAAGGGCCAGCCUGGAGAGGUCCUGGGAGCCACACCUGGCUCUCCAGGAAGAAACGGCUUACCUGGAAUUCCUGGAGACAAAGGCCAGCCUGGGACAUCAGGAGGACCUGGAUCACCUGGUUUUGAUGGACGCUCAGGUGUCCCAGGGUUAAAGGGAGAGCGUGGAGUUGACGGACUUCCCGGUUACACUGGACCACCGGGGCCGCCAGGUGAGCCGACUGGUGGCAUUCCCGGUCGUCCUGGAGCUCCUGGCAACAAGGGACUGAGCGGAUCACCAGGCUGCCCAGGUUUCCCUGGACGGAAGGGAGACAGAGGAGAUCCAGGAUUCCCAGGGCCUGCUGGGAUGAAGGGAACCCCAGGACUACCAGGCAUCCCUGGGUCACCAGGGUCAAGAGGACUCCCUGGACCUCCAGGACCAGGAACUAGAGAUGGAAUCCCAGGAAUACCAGGAAGGAAAGGUGAGAGAGGCUUCCCAGGACUGACGGGUUUCCCUGGACAACCAGGACGACCUGGUAGUCCAGGAUUUCCUGGAGGAAAAGGGUUCGCUGGAGGGCCUGGCAGGGAUGGACGUAACGGUGGACCCGGAUAUCCCGGAGAGAAAGGUGACCGAGGAUACCCUGGCCCUCCUGGCUUGCCCGCAAGAGUUCUUCAGUCAGUCUUGGGAGUGAAGGGAGAGCCCGGUAACAAUGGAGGCAACGGCCUUCCAGGCUUCCCUGGACCCAGAGGUGACAAAGGUUUUCCAGGUCUGCCUGGUCGUCAGGGUCUGCCCGGACUUCCUGGUUUUGCUGAGCAAAGUAAAGGACAGCCAGGAGACAACGGGUUUCCAGGACGGCCAGGAGGUCCAGGCUUUCCUGGACCUAAAGGAGAGGCUGGAAUCCCUGGAUUCCCUGGCAUUUCUGGACCAAGGGGUGAUGAUGGUCUUCCUGGUUUCCCUGGUAAUAAUGGAGAACCUGGUCGACCUGGUGGCAAAGGAACACCUGGAGAGAGUUAUGGUUAUCCUGGAGGCCCAGGUGCUAAAGGCCAGCCAGGAGAUAACGGCUACCCCGGUGGUCGUGGUAACGAUGGCAUCCCUGGAGACAGCGGCCUUCCAGGAAGUCCAGGUUACUCUGGAGCAAAAGGAAUUCCUGGUGAAGCAGGGCGGCCUGGUAUAACAGGCUCCCCUGGUUUCCCUGGGCCAAAGGGUCAGGCUGGAUACCCAGGAAGAAGAGGACAAGAUGGGUCUCCUGGUUUACCUGGAGGUCCUGGAGGACCUGGAGCAAAAGGUUUGCCUGGACCCCCCGGUUUGGAUGGACUUAAUGGCCUCGCUGGUCCUAAGGGCCUUCCUGGAACCCCAGGUGGAAGCUUAGGAGGCCGCCCUGGUCAACCUGGUUUUCCAGGGCAGAAGGGCGAGAGAGGCAUCUCCUACCCAGGAGGUCCAGGAAUCCCUGGAGGCAAGGGAGAGAGAGGAGAUCAAGGUGGUCCCGGACUCCCUGGAUUCCCUGGUAGGCCUGGUCCUGCCGGUCAAACUAUUGGGUCUAAUGUUCCUGGACCUACGGGAGACCCUGGCCUUCCCGGACUGGAUGGAGAGUAUGGUUUCCAAGGUCCUCCAGGUCCACCUGGGCCACCUGGUCCAGGUACAGCACAGGGAGAUAGAGGUGACCCUGGGCUCCCUGGCUUCCCCGGCUCCCCAGGCAGGAAGGGAGAACCAGGACUCCCGGGAGGCUCUGGAUCCCCCGGACUUUAUGGUGCCAAAGGAGCACGAGGUGACACUGGUUUCAGUGGCGGUCCUGGUCAAAAAGGUUUCACUGGUGAGCCUGGUUUCUAUGGAAGCACAGGACCCAAGGGAGUGCGAGGACGCCCUGGUCCUAAGGGUCCCCCUGGAACAACGAUGCCUGGACCGCCAACUGACUACAGGCCACGCUUUGGGGAACAGGGUUUUCCAGGCACAGGUGGACCUUCUGGUACCCCAGGAGAGCCUGGUCAGUCGGGAUUGCCUGGACGUCCUGGUCCUAAAGGUCGCCCUGGUCCUGUGGGUAAAUUGGGUCGUACUGGAUCUGCUGGUUCUGGUGGACCUCUUGGUGAUGCCGGACCUCCUGGUUUCCCUGGACCACCUGGCGAACAAGGUCUUCCCGGCGCAGCAGGUCGUCCUGGCAUUCCAGGUGGUGUCGGUCGCAGUCACAGCAUUGGCUACACCCUGGUGAAGCACAGCCAGGACUCCCAGGUUCCCAUGUGUCCUCAGGGAAUGGCCAAGCUGUGGGAAGGAUACAGCCUGCUGUACGUGGAGGGACAGGAAAAAGCUCACAACCAGGAUCUCGGUCAGCCAGGGUCAUGCCUCCCUCGCUUCAGCACCAUCCCCUUCCUCUACUGCUCCCCCAACGAGAUCUGCUACUACGCCAGCCGCAACGACAAAUCCUACUGGCUUUCCACCACCGCGCCCAUACCAAUGAUGCCCGUGUCCGAGGGGCAGAUACAACCUUACAUCAGCAGGUGUUCAGUUUGUGAGGCUCCAUCUCUGGCUGUGGCUGUGCACAGUCAGGACAUGAACAUUCCCACCUGCCCACCCGGCUGGAGGAGUCUCUGGAUCGGGUAUUCCUUCCUGAUGCACACGGCGGCCGGCGCUGAGGGCGGCGGCCAGUCCCUGGUGUCCCCUGGCUCCUGCCUGGAGGAUUUCCGCGCGACGCCGUUCAUCGAGUGCAACGGCGCCAAAGGAUCCUGCCACUACUUUGCCAAUAAGUACAGCUUCUGGCUCACCACCGUGAAUGCAGGCCAGGAGUUCCUGUACUCACCCAAUCAGGAGACACUGAAGGGAGGUCAGGAGCGCUCCAGGGUCAGCCGCUGCCAAGUCUGCAGCAAGUUCUUGUAGGAGGAGGAUGAAGAGGAGCAGUGGAGGUGAAACAACAGGAGAUGAUAGGCUGACACUUCACAGAGAAAAUUUCUAAAACUGACUGAUUCGGUUUCAACUGAAUGUUAUGCAAACGGUUUCGCCGUUAAGUCGAGCAACGGCGGCACAUUUUCAGAGAAUUUUUGUUUUUACUUGUAUCUCAUUUUUUUAGGAAUGAAAUGUUUAUUCAAAGAAAGAAGUGUUGGAGGGAGAGACGGAGAGAGAGAGAAGGGUUCCAGAGUGAGCGCUCUUCUCCAGAUUAUCACUGACAAUGGUGCUAUUGUUACUCUGUGUUUAUUUGGUGUCUGUUUUCUCGUUACUUUGCUCAAUUGGCGAGAAUCAUUCUGGGCUACCUCGAAGAGUGCCACCCUGAGUCGGAUCAGAAAGUACAGUCUGAUCCGCUGAUGCUCGUCACUCGUCACGUUGGUGCUUUCCGCUGUUGUUGGAACCAUUUUAAAGUGCUAGAUUUUUUUUGGAAUGGGGUCGUAUGAGGUACUUGUACAUAUUUGGCAUCUUUCCAUACGUGUGACUGUGUCUGCAGAGCGUGUUCACGUCUUUAUCUCACUGUUAGACAGACCUUUCCAACAGGAAAGUGAAGUUAGUGAACCACUCACUCUCCCACACCAAACCCCAUAGAGAAAUCAGUGAUUUUAACAUCACAGCACACAGGAGCUGUUGAACCACUGUUGCCUCCAUCAGUAAAUUCAAAUGUCUUAUUUUGUAAAAUUCAGCAUUCAAAAAUCCUUGGUUCAGAUUUACCUCAGUGAUACAAAGUGACCACACGAGGCAGCAGUAGACCAGCAGCUGUGUCCCCACAAGCUAAAAUCACUGAUUUUCUCUAUGGGGUUUGGUGUGGGUGAGUGAGUGCUUUACAAACUUCACUUUCCUGUUGGAAAAGUCUGUCUGACAGUGAGAUAAAGACGUGAACAUGUGACGUAGAUAGCGUGGAUGGUAUAAAAGAUUUUUACCUUUUAGCAGUUACAUUUACCAGAGUAACACUGAUUUACUGAUGGAGGCCACAGUAACUGCAGUGGGCCAGCAGGGGGUGCACACAGCGUCAGUACCUCAUAUAACCACGCUUCCAAAAAAAAAACAGUUAAUUCGCGCAUCUCACAGUGUGACUCUGCGGUGCUACGGUCCACGGCGGGAAGAGUGUCCACCGCCUCCGGCAUGGACGCCGCGCCACAACUGACUGACGCCGCGAGCAAGGCAUUCACACGUUCAUGGAUAUCGAUUGCACUGACGUGAGCUCACGUGGAUCCGAGGGACAGACGCGACAUUUCACCACAUUAUUUUACGGUUGUGACCAAAAUGUAGUGUUUUUUUAUUUACAUCCCAAAAUCCCAAAAUCUGCAGUAGGUUACAAACACCCACACACACACACACACACGGAAGCGUAAAAACAAAAAGUUCGGAUGUGUUUCUCGUUGAGAUGCUAAAAGGUAUGAGAUAAAAGCGAAAAAGAUAACUUUGUUUCUACAACAAGAAAAUACCUCAUUAUAACGGGAAACUAUCUCGUUAAAACGAGGAUAGAGCGUUACUCGCACGAGGAAACUCGUUACUAUCUCGUUAUGGCGCGGAAUCAUCUUGUUUACAACGAGAGAACUUUAACAAGGAAACGCGAUUGUGAAAACUUGAUGGUUUAUAACGAGGAAACUGUUUAUUAUCGUUAUAAGAAAACGAACAACUUUUUUUCCUACGCUUCCGUGCUCACACACACACACGCGGUUGUCAAUUAUUGUUGUACAUAGUACUUCCUGUGUUUUCCAGACAAAUCCGUUUUUUUGUUUUCUUGUCUCGGCCUCUGUAUCUUUCUGCUGUCCUUGGAUUAAAAACAAACAGAAGAAGAAGAAGAGAUAUUUUCCUGUCUCGUGUCUCCUGUCUUUGAAAUCCUGCGUCAGCGAAAGGUCACCGGGGCCACGACCUUUAACCACUAUGACCGCGUGCGUCUGAAGCUCUGCUUUGAUUCCACUUCCACACUGUUCUGUCCGCGUUUGUCGUUGUUUUGUUUUUUUUGUAAUCUAGAUUGUAAUUAUGAUACAUGAUAUACCAUGGUUUUAUUUACUAAGAUGGGAGGGAAUGGGAAGAUUAUUGAUGUGUACAUUAUGGAAAAACAAUGGAAAGUAUAUUCUACGGCUGACGGUUUGAGAUUUUGGAACAUGCAGUGAGUUCCUGGAGCGACAGAAGACGAAAAGAAACACAUUUUUUUCCUCAGAGAGGAUCUAUAACGAAAAACAACAUCCUUUAUAAUUAUUAUAUUUUUAUUAGUGUUAACACGUCGGUCGCCGUCAUGUGUACAUCUGUGCUCACACACUUGGAAAUAAAGUUCUAAAAUAAACAUUUAUGAUCA